UCGGCAUGUAUGGAAAGUCGAGAGUUGGCGCAUAUUGUCAUGCAUCCCACGCCUGUUGUCUGAGGAGAGCCGCGUCGGUUUGGCCAUUGCCUCGUGUGCUGCUUGGCUCACUCUCCCUUUUGUCUCCUCCCUCAGGUAUUGGCAUCGACGACACCUUCGUGAUGCUGGCGGCCUGGAGGAGGACCCGCCUGCAGGACUCGGUGACGGACCGGAUGGCGAAGACCUUUGCCGACGCCGCCGUCAGUAUCACCAUCACCUCCCUGACGGACAUGAUCUCCUUCUUCAUCGGCGCCAUCACGCCCUUCCCCUGCGUCCAGGUCUUCUGCCUCUACACGGGCACGGCCGUUGUGGUGACGUACCUGUGGCACAUCACCUUCUUCGGCGGCUGCAUGGCACUCUCCGGGUACAUGGAAAAGGGGCAGCGUCAUGGAGUCUUCUGCCACAAAAUCAAGGCCAAGUCGGAGUCUGAGAACGAGAGCUGCGGCUACCGGUUCUUCUGCACGGGCGGCAUCACCGAGGCCGACCCCUGGAACCCGAAGGACAACAUGGAGCACUCCCUUAUGCUGUUCUUCAAGAACUACGUCGCCAGGUUCCUCAACAUCCCGGCCAUCAAGGCGCUCGUCGUGAUGGUGUUCCUGAUGUACUUGUUGGUGGCCUGUUGGGGCUGCACGAUGGUCAAGGAAGGCCUGGAGCGACGCCGUUUGUCCCGCUACGAUUCGUACUCGGUGGAAUUCUACGACUUGGAGGACAUGUACUUCCGAGAAUAUCCUUAUCGAAUUCAGGUUGUGAUCACUGGCGACGUGAACUACAGUGACCCGAUCGUCCAGGAACAGCUGAUGGAUCUGCACCAAGAGUUCGAGAACCUAACUUACGUGGCGGGAGCUCUGUACACCGAGUCCUGGCUCAGGGCCUGGCUCGGCUUCCUCGACAGGAAUCAAGAAUUCCUGGAACUGAAUGUCACAACAGAAGAGGACUUCAUUGCCAAUCUUCGAGAGAUCUACUUAUCGGGUCCAGCCAAUGCCUUCGCGCAAGAUGUGGCGUUCAACGAAGACUACACUCGGAUCAAGGCUUCCAGGUUCAUUAUCCAGACGCACAAGAUUUUAGAUGCUAAUGAUGACAAAGACAUGAUGGAAAAGCUGCGACAGGUGGCCCGAGAUUCGCAGUUCAACGUCACUGUGUUCAAUCCCUUCUUCAUCUAUUUCGAUCAAUACGUGUUAGUGAGGACGACGAGUAUCCAGGCCAUCUGUCUUGCUGCUGCCGUCAUGAUGGUGGUUUCGCUUAUCUUCAUCCCGAAUCCCCUCUGCUCGCUGUGGGUCGCCUUCUCCAUCGUCUCCAUUGAGGUGGGCGUGGUGGGCUACAUGACGCUGUGGGGCGUGAACCUCGACUCCAUUUCCAUGAUCAACCUCAUCAUGUGCAUCGGCUUUAGCGUGGACUUCUCGGCCCAUAUUUCCUACGCUUAUCUGGCUGCCAAGGUCGACACGCCCGAGGAGAGGGUGCAGGAGUGCCUCUACGCUCUCGGCCUUCCUAUCCUGCAGGGCGGCUUGUCAACCAUCCUGGGCAUCACCACGCUCAUCCUCGCUCCGUCGUACAUCUUCAUCACCUUCUUCAAGACGGUGUUCUUGGUCAUCUUCUUCGGCGCCAUGCACGGCAUCUUCCUCCUGCCCGUGCUGCUCUCCUUGCUCGGCCCCGGCUCGUGCUCCAACCGCAAGAACAAGGAGAUCACUCCUCCAAUGAAGGGCAACGGCCAUCCCUUCUUCAUGCACGGCCAGGCCCUUCCCCCGCCCGGGUCGCACGACGCCAGCAGCCUGAAGAUCCCGCGGCCACACAGCAUGUCAGCCUCUCAGUCGGGGACUCCAGUGGCCCCGGUAGGCCUUGGUCGCUCCGGCGCCUUCCUGGCUCCCGCUACGCUUGCUUCCAACAAGGAUGAUGGCAACAGCCUGGAAAAGGACCUGGGACUAGGUACUUCCGGCGAGGAGUCGAGCGAGUCGAGCCUCAGCAAGGGCGCAGCCAACCGCCGCGGGGGCCCGGAUAUCAUCCCUGGCAGCGGAGGACGCCGCGGACUGCCCAUUCUAGAGGUUUACAGCAAUAAUGGAUAUAUCAGCGAUGACCUGGAAGCUGAGGAACGCCGCUCAGAAGAACGCCGCCUCGAUCACUACGGCGAAUGGGAAGACCCACGUCGCAGCUACCAGAACCACAGGCCUUCACCCGAGCGCUCGUCGUCCAUCCAUCGAAAUGAUUCCUCUGCACGUCCUGGGCAGCGCCAGGCUCGCCCGCGCUCCUCCGACACCCGGGAGCGAACUGAACUCAGGAGAGGUUCAUCGGCAACAAGGUCAUACGGAGCGCGUUCCUCUGCAGAUCCCCGCGGAAGGCACCGCGAUAACCAUUAACGACGUCACGCCCAAGUGACCACGUGCCAUGGCCAAGUGUACAGUGUACAUAGUGUAGUAUGAAUGGACAGGCCCAGCGCAGCUAGUCACUGGGCGAACACCCCCAAUCCCAUCUCUUAGUUCUCCCCAAGGGUUGUGUUUGUCACCCCGCGGAUUUGUGCCAUUCCGCCCACAUUUCGACCCUGCUGUGUUCUCAUUCAUCAACAUCAGAUAUGUAUGUUUGUCCUUGUCAAGGGGUGAAGCCCUUCCUUAUAUGAAAAUAAUUUCGUGUGUCUUGACAAACUGCACCGAAUAGCGGGGUCGGUGGAAAUAAAUCAUCUGUAUUUAUUUAAACGAACUUUAUUUUGUGUUGCAAAGGUACAUACAUUGUGGACAAGUGGACAACGACGCUGAACUAGCGUUGCAAGGGAUAGGGCAGACCACAGACACGCACAAUCUGCCACGCUAACAGUGCGGUGGUGUUUACCGGCCGGUCCACGAUGUAGCACAUAGUGAUUGGUAAUGACAAAUGCCAAAAGUUGCCAGAGCAGGUGUACUUAAUCUGAGGAAAUAAGUGAACAGUGAUUCUCGAGAAUAGUUUUUUUAGUGUGUAUGUAACUGCUGAACAAGAUAAAUUAACAUUUUGUACAAAUUUUCAUCGGAUAUAUUCCCGUUUUUGGAAGUGUCAGGUUCACAGUGUUUCCCAGAUUGCCAGUAUCAGUGGCAUGCUGGAGCUCAUUAUGGCUCAAUAGUAAUGUAAUCGUUUUAAAUAUCAUUUUAAUGUAAACUGUAUCAGUUACCACUUUGUCGACAAGUUUUUGAGUGAAAAUACAUUCCCAGACUUGAUGAACUCCAAACGUCAUAUGAUUGAAGUGUAGACUUUUACUAUUAUUCCAUUUUAUUUCAUUAACUGCAAUACUGAUAUUGUGUGAUAUAGGAAUGAAUCGUUAUUUUAUAAUACUUUUAUAAUGAAAAUUUGUUUUUAGAAAUAAGGUUUGAUAAGGUAGAUGCUCGCAGGACGUUGUCCUGAGAGGUAAAUGUAUAUAGUAUAAAUUUUAUUUCAGUUUUCGUCCAAAUUUAACAAAUUCUGUUUUAGGUAAAUCUCGCUCUCGCAUUAGAUUCACUUGGUUGGUUUUAUCAGGAAAGUGGUUUGUUUUCCUGCAUCAGAAUGCCUUACCAAAAGGUUAUACCAGUCGGGUCCAAACUCCUGCAGAGAAGUUGGAUCCUUCGACUCGUCCAGUGUUUAAGGCAUCCGAUUAACCAAGUUGGAUACCUUCUAUCACAUGGUACUUGAUGCAUGGAAACUAGCCCUUCGCAUGUAGUUUUUACAGGGAGAAUAGGGUCUCCUUAACAACUAGCUGAAAAAGGUAGUUGAUUUGCUGAGACCAGAGAGCUGCUCGUGGCAGAGAUGCUUCCCUGGCGGUUAUUUUAAAACUGUCGAAAUCCUGGUGGCCGACACGAUGCAUGUGCAUAGCCUGUCUAAAAAUGGUGAGCAGCAUUGUCAAAAGUGGUAGUUUCUGUGCUGAUAAUUUAUAUGAUGUAUAUAUAAAUGUUCACACAUUAAUUGCACUGUCCAUAUGCGCUGUAAAUAGCAUUGACAGACGACCGUGUUCAUGUUUAUUUUUCUUUAACCCUGUAGUGUUUCUGCACAUAACAAAGCAGAGACUUGAGAUUUCGAGAAAACGCCUUGCCUCGUGUAUAACGAUAAAUCGAUACUUGUUAAUGCCUCGACCAUUUAAUAUAUGUAUUUAUAGGCGAAGUCAUUGAAAAUGGAUAGACUUGAAAGAUUAGUUGAUUGCCGUAAGCAUACGAUGGAGUACUACAGAAGCGUCACCAGAUUCAGUAUUAUUAAGCCCCUCUACAUUUUACAUGUGCAAUGAUAAAAAAUGUCACUAAUAAACCCAGGUUUCUUAAU